AUGACUUGGCAGUUGGCCACUCGUGGGUCCGUUCUGCGCCGUGUGCGCAUCGAUGCCUUUCCUCGCGCUGCUCGCGUGGUCGGCCUGCAGCACCAGCUGCAACGGCUCUCUCUAGCAGCGACGCCUCGUCCGGCGAGACCAUUGACUGGAUAUCUCGCUUCUCCCAAGUCCCAGGCACCAUCGCGUUCGUUUGCGACUUCCACAGACGGCUCUGAACCUAAGAAGACGAAGAAGACGACGAAGAAGUCCAAGAAACCCAAGAAGUCAACAAAGCCCAAAAAGCGCGAGCUGACCGAGGAGCAAAAAGCCGCCAAAGCUGAGCGCAAGAAGGAGACCCAGCGCCGAGCACUGGUUCAGCAACUGAAGCAGACUGCGCUCACCCCGCCCAAGAGGCUCCCGGACCAGUAUUUCUCGCUCGUGGUACAAGACAAGUACGCUGAUGUCAAAACUCCCUCAAUCACGCAAAGCGAGGCAUUCCAAGCGGUGUCUCGAAUUGCAAGCUCCCUGAGCGCCGAGGAGAAAGAGCGCUACGAAGCUCAAGCCCGAGCCAAUAUGGCCACCAAUGCGGCCCAGUAUGAUCAGUGGUUGAAGCAGCACACUCCUUUGCAGAUCAAGGAAGCCAAUCUUGCCCGACGGAGGCUAUCAACACUUGUAAAGAAAAACUACCGUCAAAUCCGCGACGACCGUCUGGUCAAAAAACGCAGCAGCGCCUUUAUGUUCUACGUCCAGGAGCGUUAUGCAAGUGGCGACUUCCGGCACAUGAAAGUGACAGACGCUACAUCACGAGUUGCACAAGAGUGGAAAGGCUUGACCGAGUCGGAGAAGCAGAAAUACCAUGACUUGCAGGCCGAGGAUCAGGCGCGGUACCGCCGGGAGUACCUGCAGGUGUAUGGAAAGGAGGCUCCUAGCGCGUGA